AUGGUAUGGAAAAAUAUGCAAAAAGUUGGCGCUGUUCCAUCAGCACGCUACAGGUAUGAUCGUCAGUUAACUCAAAUGUUAUUAUUACAACUAACUACAAUUAUAGUCUCAUUGAUUCCAUAUUGUGCACAAACCACAUAUUCUGCAAUAACUAUGAACGAACAGAAAGAUUCAUUACGUUUGGCUGGAGACACCCUAUUUGUAUCAAUAUCAAAUUUACUCUUUUACCUGGCUUAUGUAACAAGUUUCUAUAUUUACGUGAUAUCGUCAAAAGCGUUUCGUAGCAAAUUAGUAAAACGAAUACCAAAACUAUAUUAUAAAAUUUGUCACAAACAUCCUCCGCAAGAACGUCAGGCAACAGCACAAAUUCCUACUGUUUCGAUGGAAACGCCUAUAUGCUAA